CCAAACACAAGGAGACAUUCCCUGCCCCUUUUGCUUGAGCUUAAGUUAGUGGUUGCUAUGAUGCUCUUCGAUUUGAAAAAGCCCAAGCGCAUCCUCUUCCCAGACUAAUCAGCAGCUUGGCUGAGUGGGGCCUUUGCCUCCUUCGAAGUCAUUAACUACCUUCCGGGUUCAUCCUCAGGGAGAUAGACUUGCCCUUUAAACCCUCAAUUCGUGAGUUGCUAUUUUUCUUCUCAGGGCGUACAUAGCCAGGACUUCUAAUACCAGCUUCUGCAGCAGCAAUGGCAGAGGCAUCACCCUCUAGCACCAACCCUUGUCCACUGCUGACAGUGUCCGGAGCUGUGGGAGGGUAUUGCUUGGCGGGUUGAACAAGAAGAGCUGGGACAAGUAGAAGAGAGAAAGAACCUUUCUGGAGUGUGGCAAGCUAGAUGAUGGACCUGAGAACAGUGUUAUACCUGGUAGAGAAGAAGCAGCAGAAACAGCCCGUCUUGGCAUGCCAGUGACCCUCCGGAGAAACGGAUGGAGUUAUUCCCAGGCAAUCUUUGGCUGAGAACUCUUAUGGCAAGGAAGGCGGAAGUGAGACUGUCCAGUGGCUUCCUUUCUUUUUGACUCCCGAAAGACUUCAAAUUUAUUUCCUCCACCUGCACUCUGGCGUGGCCUGCAUGCUCUUUAGCUUGUCAUGUCUGUUUCCAGAAACAAGGAGACCCCCAGAAAAGAAGGACCUGCAAGUCUUCCUGUCACUUCUGUGACCUGAAGACAGGCCACGUGGCACCAGAGCCAAGUGAUGGACGACCUGCAGUCCCAGAACCUCUCUAUGGACAUGGCUGACUCCCCUCCCACUCUGGCCAACAACAGACUGGAGAAUGGCAUGGCCCAGCUGAUAACUACCGAGGCUUGGAACAUCAACUCCACUGACCUGGUCAAGAAGGCCCUGGUGACCGUGCCAACCCCAUCCAUUCUGAACCCCCCCGCUGAGUCUCAGAGUGGCAUGGCUCUGAAGGUAGCGGCCACUGUGCUGCAGCCCCUGUGCCUCGGGGAAAGCCCCGUGGUGAUGCCCAUUCACAUGCAGGUGGAGGGAAGCUCUGCGCAGGAGCUCAACCCCAACGGCAAUGCCACCUACGUGAUGACGACACAAGGCCCCGUACAGCUGCCAGUGGUGUUAGAGCAGCAUGUUUUCCAGCACCUCAACUCCCCCCUGGUACUGCCACAGGAGGCCCCAUGCUCUUCCAAUGCUAUCCACAACAACCUCUUCCAGGGGGCCGAGAACUCCGAAGCCCAGCCUCAGCUCCUGGACCUGCGGAUCCCAAGCCAGCCGCAGGAACCCACAUUGCCAUUUGAAGCUGUGCUCCAGAAUUUAUUCCCCACCCAAGGCUCUCUGGGCCCUCCACCUUGCCAGCCUCCUCCUGGCUAUGCUCCAGUGCCUCCGCAGCCCUUUAACUCUCCCUUGUCCCCCCUGGUCCCACCAGCUACUCUCUUGGUGCCCUAUCCUGUGAUUGUCCCCUUGCCAGUACCAGUGCCCAUCCCCAUCCCUGUCCCAGUGCCUCAGAGUUCUGACUCUAAGUUCAGCCCCAGUUUUCCCAAGCCACCAUCUUCCUUCAGCCUGCACUCCUUUAAAGGCACCCAGACCACGCUGGAAAAGGAUGAACUGAAGACCCUAGACAUACUCCAGCCAAAAGAGUAUUUCCAGCUCAGCCGUCACACAGUCAUCAAGAUGGGGAGUGAGAACGAGGCCCUGGAUCUCUCCAUGAAGUCAGUACCCUGGCUCAAGGCUAGCGAAGCUAGCCCCCCAGUCUUCCAAGAGGAUGCAGCCCUAGACCUGUCCCUGGCAGCCCACCGAAAGACCCAGGCUCCCCCAGAGACACUGUAUGACAGCAGCGUGUCGGCAGACAGGCAGGGUCACACUGUGCUGGAGAAACUUCCCAGCAGUAUGGACAUGACCUUUGCCCCUGCCAAGUCUCGUGAGGCCUCGGCCAUGAUGGAUAACCACAUCAACGGCAGCAAUGGCACUGAAACGGUCAGCCAGUCCAGCCACCCUGGCAGUGAGGUGAAGGCUGAAAAUAACCUUGAGAUUGUAAGUGAGCCCCAGACAGCCAAGGUCAUUGUCUCAGUUGAAGACACUGUGCCGACCAUCUUCUGUGGCAAGAUUAAAGGCCUCUCAGGGGUAUCCACCAAAAACUUCUCCUUCAAAAGAGAAGACUCUGUGCUUCAGGGUUAUGACAUCAACAGCCAAGGAGAAGAUUCCCUGGGAAAUGCUGAGCCCCUUAGGAAACCCAACAAAAACCGGAGCAUAAAGUUAAAGAAAGUGAACUCCCAGGAAAUACACAUGCUCCCAAUUAAAAAACAACGGCUAGCCACCUUUUUUCCAAGAAAGUAAAUAAGGGCUUUAAAACAUUUUUAUGAUUAGGACAUGGGGAAAGGUGCAUUGGUUUUUUAAAAAGUCAUGUAAAACAAAUUAUCUUUGUUAAUUAUUUUGGGGUGUAGGUGGGAGGCAGAAAGGCAAAUUAGCUAGAAUCAUUUUCUUUUUUAAUUUUUGACUUUUCACAAAUGAGUAAAUAAGAGCAACCUAUUUUUCAAGCAGAUUGCACAUUUUUUUGCAGCUUUAAUGGAAUAUUGGGUGAAUCAGAGGGGUAAAAGCUAUUUUCAUUGCCACAAAGUGCUUUGAUGAUGUAAUACCUAAUAAAGGGUAGGAUGAAUAUUUCACAAUAAACGUUUGUUUGCACUAA